UCAAAACAAUAAAGAAUUGUUUUUAUUUUGACCUUGGGCUUGGGCCUUAUCGUGUAGAAAGUUAUUACUCAUCAACGAAUCCCACAGGAUCAUCGUUCUCGCCCGAUUGAUUGCAAUCCAUCACAAUGCGUCGCGUCAGAAUGAUUGCGAAUUGAUCAUCGCACUGUGUCGCAGCUGAGUCGUUUUGUUUACGAAAUUGUGUAUGGUAUUGCAGUUUUAAGCAAUAUCAUUCCGUUAGUGCGUUCCUAGUGCGUUGGGUUGUGUUGUGUUGCGUUAGUUAGCAAUGUCUAAACUUUAUUUGCUUCCAAUUGCGGUGUUUCUGCUGUUCAACUUCACCUUCAUCGGCACGUACAUUGCGGCAGUUCUUCAGGGCCAUGUGGUGCCCACGGUACCGUACAUCAGCGAUGCAGCCACCUACUCUCCAGAGAGCUGCGUAUUUGGACAGCUGAUCAGCAUUGGGUGUGUUUUGUUGGGAAUCACCAUCUACGUGCGAUACAGGCAGAUCCUGGAAAUUGGAUUGCGUCAUGCGGAUGUUCAGCGGAUGGCUGAACGGAUCAAUAUCCGGUCAUUUUGGGUCGGAAUGGGAUCCUGUCUGGGAGUGAGCAUGGUGGGCAACUUUCAGGAGACCAAUGUGAGACCGGUGCACUAUGCUGGAGCGUUUCUGGCGUUUGGACUGGGAACCGUGUACUAUUGGAUGCAGGCCUACAUCUCGUACUACCUUCAACCGUACAUCGGAUCCAUGUUGAAGGCCCACGUGCGCCUGGCGAUCGCCGUGCUGUGCACUAUCUUCUUCAUCAUCGUUGCCGUCACCGGCAUCAUAUCACAUAUCCUGUUCAACGGAACCGAUCCGCGUAAGUGGUAUCCCUCGGACGGGGGCUGGGAGUACCACGUGGCCAGUUCGAUCUCCGAGUGGAUCGUCGCAACGGCGUUCUGCUUCUACAUUCUGACCUUCACGGACGAAUUCCGUGCGAUGCAAAUCGAUCAUCCACCGCUCCUAUUCAUCGAGGUGGACGAGUCUCGAAACUACGAACCGGUGAUAGAGGACUCCGCUGCGGAAGACUCACCCAGCGCAACGGUCUCGUGAUGUGAUUCGGCGGCUCCGCUAGUCAUCGCCGGCCAUCGGCGACCAAAACCCACAUCCAACAUCCAAAAACCAUCCAAAUUGAAUAGUCGCUUCGGCGUUCGCAAACAACGAUCACUCAGUCUUAACGAUCUUCACCGGGCGCAAUUGGAAGCACCGGUCAAGGUGGAACAGAUCUGCGAUAGCUUCAACUGCAUCAUCAACAUCAAGAGUUCGUUCAGCAGUCAAAUUCUGUCGGAGAGUGGCUUCCUGGAGUUGCACGAAGGUCUCCUCCGGUCGGAUUCCGGUCUAGACUGCUGUUCGUCCGAGUUGGAACUCUUCGAGAUGGUCCGCGAUAAGAUGGACCCCCGGAAGAUUGCGUCUCUCUCGCUGUCGCUGAUGCUGGUCGCCAUAUUGGAAGCGCUGCAUACGUUGACCGUGUAUUUUAGUGACAACUUCAAGCAUAGUUAUCUGUAGGUUUAGGUUGCACUUUCCGCUCCCUAAGGUGAUAUUAUUUUGUAUCAAUUUUUAUGCGUAAUAAGGCUUUGAUUUUUUUUAGCAAAAGUGUAGAAUUAAUUAUUGAAGGCUAGAAUUUGGUUCAUGGACUGAAUUGUGGAAAGACACUUUACAAAGAGUUUCAGGAAAUACAUCUAGAGUGUAUCAAAAA